AACUUAUUUGAAGAAGUUUGUCAAACUGAAAAGAAAGAAAUCUGUCUCAGCUUAUUAAUAUAUGGAUUUUAAACAGUCUUGCUUUCACCUAACAACAAAAAGUAUUAAGUUAGGGAAACUUGAAAAUGUAGUGAGCAAACUUAAAAAGCUGAGAACAGGGCUGGACCUUGUCUGAACAUGCCAGAGCCAGACCUCGCCUACAGGAGGAGAAACAACAGCAGAAAUGAACAAUGAAGGAACGAGUGCUAGUGCAAACAUCAAAGGUAUGGGCACCAUUGCACACUGGACAUGUCGUCUCGCCUUUCUCUGCAUUUUUUUAACAUCUCCCAUCAUGGUCCAUCCACAUAAGUUGCUAUCUCAGGUUCCAUUCUUCACAGUAUGGAAUGCUCCUACUGAAAAAUGUGCAACUCGCUAUGGUGUUGAUCUAGACUUGAGCGUUUUUGAUAUCGUCCACAACCUGAACCAGAGCUUUAUCGGGAGUAACAUCACCAUCUUCUACUCGGACAAGCUGGGCUUCUAUCCUCACUACACUGAGAAAAAUGAAUCUGUGUAUGGAGGUGUCCCACAGAACUUCAGCCUGCAUGAUCACCUCUCGCAAGCCUAUAAAGAUCUGCAAAACAGCAUGCCAGAUAAAGACUUUAGUGGCCUGGCUGUAGUGGACUGGGAGAGCUGGAGACCAUUGUGGGAGCGCAACUGGAACAGAAAGGAGGUGUACCAGCAAGGCUCUAGAGCACUGGUGAGGGCUAAACACCCUGACUGGAAACCAGAACAAAUAGAAGCCCAGGCCAAGAAAGACUUUGAAGGUGCAGCACAGGCCUUCAUGGAGCAAACGAUAAAGCUCGGACGAGUUGAACGACCAUGGGGGCUGUGGGGUUUCUAUGGCUUUCCCUGCUGCUACAAUUACCAGUAUAAAAAAAAUGAGACAUACACAGGGGAGUGUCCACCGCUAGAUGUGAAGAGGAACAACAAGUUAUCUUGGAUGUGGAAUGUAAGCACUGCUCUGUAUCCUGAUAUUUACAUGGAUCUGAGCCUUAAGGGUCAUGACAGAGACAUUCUACUGUAUGUCCAACAUCGAAUUAUGGAGGGCAUGAGGGUGAGAGAGCAAGUCUCCCCUAAUCAACCAGUUGUCAUCCCCUAUGCCCGUAUCGUCUAUACCUACUCGAUGACAUUCCUCUCACAGGAGGAUCUGGUUCAUACCAUUGGAGAGAGUGUCGCAUUAGGGGCAGCAGGAGUUGUGCUAUGGGGAGAUGCCAGCUACGCCAGAAGCGAGAGCACAUGUCUAGCAGUGAAAAAUUACCUGGAUGAGACUCUGGGCAAAUAUGUGGUAAACGUGACUAAAGCGGCGUUUCUCUGUAGCAAGGAACUGUGUUCGUUUAAUGGCCGAUGUGUGCGGAGAGACCCAGGAUCUUCAGCCUAUCUUCAUCUUGACCCAGCAAAAUGGACCAUCAUCCCCAGAGCUGAGCUUCCUGACCUGAACACCAACAGUCCUUCAUAUGUGAUACAAAUGAACAGUAAGGAGGGGAGGUAUCAUUUUACAAAACCAUUUAAGUGCCAGUGUUAUCCAGGCUGGGAGGGCGAACACUGUGAGAAACAGGUUGCUCCUAAGCCUAGACAGAGAAAACAAAUGUCUAUAGAUCUUUAAAAAAAAACCUAGGACUGGAAGAAUUGUAGCCUGAGCAGUCAGUGCUGGCAAAUCCUGUACAGACAGACACUCUGUCCAACUUACAGUAAAAUUUCAAAUAUCACAAAAUGAAAAACAUAUAUUAGAAUGACCAUAACAAUUUAAUGCUAAAAUGAACUUUAACUCACUCGAACUUAACAGACAUUAACAGGUAUUUAUAAUCAACUUAUUCAAUAUUUGAAUUACUUUAAAGUGCAUGUCUAAACACUGGUGUAAUACAUUUUUGAGAAUGCUGCUAUUUUAAACCUUUAAUCAAGUAAGUUUGUGCAAAUUAUUUAUAAGGUCUAGAUUAUAAACAAUUAAAACAAUACAUUGUCUUUUGUGGACUACAACUAUUGUCUUUUUGUGUGCAAUACAGCAUUUAUGAAUGUGGCCCUCUUGUGUAUAUAUAUGGUACAAUUUUAAACUUUAGGAUACAAUUCUAUAAAUAAAGUUUGCAUUUUCAAUACCAGUAUUGGAAUUAUUUCAGAAUGAACAGUAUUACUUGUCUGUUGUUGAUAUUUAUGUAUAGAAUGUAUAACAUAGUGAAGGUUAGACCACCCUCUUCUGGGAUUUUCUUGUACUACAACUGCAAAACACGUCUGAGUCUAUAGUCCUGGCUUGCCACUAGAUAGCAGUAAAGGCACAUCGAAACAGUUUGUAUAGACAGUCGCAUGUACAUUUCUUGCUGUAUCUAUGUACUAUUAUAUAUAUAUAUAUAUAUAUAUAUA